AUGGAUCGAGCACGAUCACCAUUUCAAGAAACGGUCGACUCGUUUGGGUCGUCGUUCAUUGACUUCUCGAAAGCAGGACCAGACUUCGGCUCGUUCUCGUUCGACGAUGCAAGCACACUCACGGAGAUGCCUGGGACACUGGGCUUGGCGUCUACGUCGAGCAGUGAACUCCCGUCCAACUUGAGCGCACCUUUCCACUUUGUGCCGGCCAGGAGAGACAUGCCGUCCAUGUCAGGCAUGCUGGUACCACCGGAUUUAGACGGCCUUGAAAGCAGCCCUUCGAACGGCAGCACAUGUUCUAUGUUGAGUCAGUCGAAACCUGCCUCACUGCCUAUGAAAGACGUCACAAGCAAAGACUCACAUAACUCUGACCCCAUGACGGUGCCCUCGAUGACAGGCGGCAUCGUUGAGUCACCACCCUGCACGCCCCAACAAACAAAUCGUGGCCUCCCGAUGGUAGGCAGCAACAGCGGCAGCCAACCUGUAUCGACCAAUACAUCGCCGCAGCAAGCACCCAUCCGCCAAAUGCAGCGUAUGCGAUUGCACACGAUGCACUCCAGCCCCGCGCUAGUCGAAAAGCCCAUGGAUAUGAUGUACGAGUCAUAUGCGCACAGCCCACUAUUUUCGCACUUACAUGGUAUGGCUCCUUCAGGAUGGCCUGCGGCAAUGGGGUUUGCUCCCAACACGUCCCAUCCAUUCUCCUCGAUGGGCAUGCAUGCGAUGGCUACAACUGCGUUUAUCAACCCCUCUUCGACACAGGUGGCCGGUGUGCCGAGAGGGGAGACAGGGGCGUACACGCCCAAUAAUGCCCCCCCGUCGCAUGCACAGCUGCCAGAGUCGGCGAAGCCUGUAUCGCCCUCCCGCCGUCGCUCGCAUGUGGCCUUACGUGCGCCACGCAAGGCCCAAAGUACGCCGCUGUUUGAGGCCUACGUCCCUGCAGACGGCCACACGCACGUAUCUGUGCCUACGUCGCCCUCGAAAGGACGAUCCACGCCGAAAGUAGUGCGUCGUCUGGCCAGUCAUAGGCGCAUGUCGAACCAAGGCACGGGAACGGCCAAUGAAGGAAAGACGUUUCCUGGACGCUUGCAUAUGCGGGGCUCGAUGGCAGCGCUGCGCGAAGCCAGUGCAAUGCAAGCGUCGACUAUUAAAGGCGCCUCAGCCAGUGCCAGCGCUGCUGGUGGUGCACGCAAACCGAUUACGCUUAGUUUUGUGCACUAUGGCAUUGAAGAUGCCGAAGAGCUUUGCUCAGCAGUAGCGCCCAGCGGCAGCUACAAAGUGCCGCUGCGCAGUGCGAAAGAUUCCGACGAGGAGGGCGACGGCGACGGCGACGGCGAUCCUGAUGGCGAUGGCGACGGCGAAUUGGCCCCAUCAGCCUGGGCCCCAGCCUCGCAGAGCAGUCGGCACGCUUCGCCGAAUGAACCCACCACGCCGCAGAACCCAUCAGAUCUCAUGCCGUCGCCAGUGCCCUACUCUACGUCGCCCUCUACGGCACCGAUUCGACCUAGCGCGGCGAAGCCGAUGACGCUACGUCGCACGACAACCAAUCUGAAAGACUAUAUGCAAGACAACGCUUAA